GCAGAAAUGAAAGUGAUCGUAGCCGGAUUUUCGAAAACUGGGACAAAAACAAUGAACGCGGCACUGUCUGUUCUUGGUUACAAAGUGUAUGAUUACGAACAUAAUUUUUUCUACCUUCGGAAGGAAUGGAUAAAAAUCAUGACGAGUGGUGGAACAAAAGAUGAUUUCUAUCAAAUGUAUAAAGACGUUGAUGCGACUUGUGAUAUACCAGCCGUAAUUUUUUGGGAAGAAAUUGCUGCAGCUUUUCCGGAAGCCAAAAUAAUAUUCAUGCAACGUAAAAGCGAAGAGGAUUGGCUUCGUAGUUGGGAAAGACAGGCUAAUGAAUUGAAAAACAAUUGGCUAAUGAAAGGAUUGGCGUUUGUAUCUUACACUGCAAAUUCAAUAUUUUGUUACAGCCGACACGUUGGUCGAAUAGCGUUCAGUGCUCCACCUCAACCAUUUUGGGCAGCAUUUCGAGGUAUAAGUCCCACGGUUGCGAAGAAAAGAUAUCGGGAUCACAAUACAUCAGUAUUGACGAGAGCUCCAGAAGAUCGACUACUCAUCUUCAGUAUAUCAGACGGAUGGGAUCCGAUUUGCAAAUUCUUGGGAUUGCGCGUCCCUGACAUUCCGUUUCCUCACAAAAAUCAAAGAGGAUCUCUGGUUGAUGAUUAUCUAAAACACAGUCCGAUAUUCCAACAGAUGAAAAAAGAAAUGUACAUCACAUGCGCCGUAGUGUGUUCUUUUUGUGCAGUUGGCGCAAUUUACAAAUUUAUGACACCGUCUGAUUUAACCGUGCCUACACUAAAAUUCUGGUGAUAUUAACAGAUGCUAUUUUGAAAGAUUCUUUCUUAAUUUCAAACGUAUCUUGC